UGAGUGAGUUAGUGGGAGAAUGAAUGAAUGAAGGAUAAGACAAUAUAAAGGAUGAGUGAGUGAGUGAGAGGGUGAGUAAAUUAAUGAUAACCAGUAGUGAUAGGAGAUUAACUGAGUAUGACAUGUAGAUAUAUUUGGGAAGAAUGAGAAUAUGAAUGAGUGAAUGAGUGAGUGAAGAAAUUAAAGGAGUAACAAUAAAAAAAAAUGGCAGGUGAAGAGUGAGUGAAAGAGGGAGUAAAUGAGUAAUGUAUGAGUGAAUUAACAUGGAAAUGAGUGAAUUUUUAUGGGAAGAAGUAUAAAAAAAAUAAGAAUUAUGAAUAGUAGGUGAAUGAGAGCUUUGCUUAGGGCUUGAGUGAGUGAGUGAGUGAGUAGGGAGAAGUUAGUAAAUUUAGAAUAAGAAAAAAUAGGUGAGUGAGUGAAUUGGAGAGUGUUGGAGAGUGAGUAGCUGAGUGAGUGAGUGAGUGAGUGAGUGAGUAGGGAGAAGUUAGUAAAUUUAGAAUAAGAAAAAAUAGGUGAGUGAGUGAAUUUGGAGAGUGUUGGAGAGUGAGUAGUUGAGUGAGUGAGUGAGUGAGUGUGUAGGGAGAAGUUAGUAAAUUUAGAAUAAGAAAAAAUAGGUGAGUGAGUCAAUUGGAGAGUGUUGGAGAGUGAGUAGCUGAGUGAGUGAGUGAGUAAGUUAGAAAAGGGAAAAUAGGAAAAAGUAGAUUAAUGAGUGAAUUUAGGAGUAAGUGGUUGAUGGGUUGAGUGAGUGAAUAAGGAAAUGAGUAAAUGAAUAAGGGAAUACAUAAUGAGGGAGGAUGUGAAUAAGGGAGCGCAUGAAUUAAUGAGUGAAUAAGGGAAUGCAUGAAUGAGUGAAUAAAUAAAUGAAUGAAUGAAUAAAUAGGUGAAUAUACUACACAAGAAUAUACAGCAGAAGUGAAUGAGUGAAUAAAUAAAUGAAUGAAUGAAUAAAUAGGUGAAUAAACUAAACAAGAAUAUACAGCAGAAUUGAAUGAGUGAAUAAAUAAAUGAAUGAAUGAAUAAAUAGGUGAAUAAACUACACAAGAAUAUACAGCAGAAGUGAAUGCUUGAAUAAGUAGGCAUGAAUUAGUGAGGGAAUAAGGGAAUGCAUGAAUGAGUGAGUGAGUGGAGGGAGUGACUGACUGAAUAAGGGAGUGAGUGAGUGAAUAAGCAAGUUGAGAGGGGUUAGUACAUGCAAGUGUGAGUGUAGUCUGUACUCAUCAACACAUCAGCGCCUCAGUUCACCCGAUCGAAAAGCCUCUCGUAAAAGUCCCUCAUAUUUUCCUUGACUGUCUUGUGGUCCUAGUGAUAGUUUUAGACGACUUCUGCAUCUUGGACGGGAAAACCACCCUCAGGAACCCGGCUGAUCUUCUCUGUGCCCUUGGAAAAUAGUCGUAAUUGGACCCGGUAUGUUUAAGGAUAUGGGAGUCUCUUGAGAGUGUGGGCUGUUGGUCUUUCCAGGCAACGAUGGAGUCCUGGCAAGGAAGAAGAUGACCCCCCUUAGGGAACUGACCUGUGUUGCCCCCCAGAAGUCAGUGAGCACCGAGCGAUGGUGUCGGCUCCGAGGGAACCUUCUCUUCUACUUCAAGUCGCGGGACCACUGGUCGGAACCGGCGGGCGUCAUCGUGCUGGAGAACUUUCAGGUCACGCUAGACCCCUGCACCGAGGCUCCCUUUGCCUUCAACCUGGUGUUUGAGGGCGGCACGCAGCACUGUGGGGCACUCUGCCAAGGGGAGAGGGACGCAUGGAUCACUGCCAUCCACCAGGCCUCCUUUGCUUACAUGAGGCAGCAGGUGGAGUCGCUGCAGCAGGAGGUGGCGGCCAGGCAGUCGUCCCUCCCGGUUGACAUCCACCACCACCGCCUCAACACCGGGGUCACGCUAGACGUCAACGAGCCGCCCUUCCUGGAGAUGUGCAUUUCCUGUGACAACCUUCGCUGCGACGGGGACGGGCGGCCCCCCAACCCCCGGGUGACGGUACACGUGCUCAACCCUCCACAGACUGCCUGGCUUCUUUAUGCACAGACUGAGGUUAUUGAAAGAACGAGCAACCCCAACUUCCUGUCGACAGUCAGUUUCCGCAAGAGUGACGGGCUGGACUCCCAGACUCAGGUGCGGCUGGCCGUGUAUGAUGUGCGGGAGAGAGUCACCAACACCACCACACAGCUGGGACAGGCCACGGUCAGUCUUGGGGGGCUGCAUGAGACUGGCCGGUCCCGCCUGAGCCUCCUGUCCCCAGCCGGCAGGAACGUUGGCUUCAUCACCAUCAGCGCCUGGACCCUGGAGGCGGAGGCUGUGGAUGCCUCCUCCCACACGCCGAGCAAUGCCACGCCACACCACCAGCCUGCACCUCCCCCAGUGGCCUGCCAUCGGCGCACACAGUCACUGCCGCCGCGCCUCAGCUCCAAGACGCGGCACCCCACACAGGGCCACCUCAGCCUCCUCUUCGACAACCCCACCAUGGCCACCUUCAGGUUCCACUCAGGCCUUGGCGGGGACAUUGCCGUGCUGGAGGUCAUGGCCGAGAGUCGAUACUGCUUCCUCUUCCCCCAGCAGCUGUUGCGGCUGUGGAUCUCCGAGGAGCGGCGGUGGCAGGAGGAACUUUCAUCGCUCGGGGACCUGUCGGACCAGUGGCACACCCGGCAGAUGGCGCUGCUCAACCAACAUGUGACCCUCAUCAACAUCUACAACAUGGCGCUUGACACCUUGGAUGUGGCUGCUCACUCUGGCUCAAGCUUCAAGAAGAGUAUGCACAAGGGUGAGUCGUCCCUGGAGAUGUCCCCAACCAACCUCCACCUCCAGAGACUUUGGGCCCAGAACGAGUCUCUUCGGCGCUCAGGUUUCUACGACAUCAUCACCUGUGGAAUCUUCACUGCGUUCUCACAAGGCUACAAGAAGGGAGGGCUGGUCAACAUGCUCCAGAAGGCCAAGAGCUCAAGGAGGACGCCCGGGGGAGGGGACAAGGCGUGGGCGAGCGAGGCGGCGGUGGAGGGCAUCAAGCGGCUGAGGCAGGAGGUGGUGACUCUCCUGCGCGCCCUGCUGGUGACUCUGCGACAGGACGACAUGGAGACACUCAUGACACUCCUCACCAAGCUGCAGGAGAAGACUCGAUCUUUGCUAAACGUCAUAGAGCCAUCACUGGUUGAGGAAGCCUUUGAGUUCCUGGACCAGAUCCGAGUGCCUCAGAACCCCUCACGCAUCCUGACGCUGGCCACACGCUCCUACUCCACCUACAACAUAUCCGGGUACCUGAGCCCAGAAACAGCCUUGGAUCUGGAGCUGAUGAGUCCAGACACACCCAACAUUUCGAUGUGCGGGAACCCUGAGCACAGACAAGGUGACCCAGAGAGAACUUGUACCAUUAUUACCACCAAAGAGAUUGACAUUAUGGACGGCCAGGAGAACAGCAUAUAUAGACCUACUGACGAGCCUGAGCCAUGGGAUCUGAUCCAGCUUAAUGUUCAGGCUAGUAUCAUGUGCCUCACUAGUAAGAUUAAAACCUACUGUAAUAGAAUAAAUGAGUCUCGGGAAAAGGGAGUGAGUGAUAGUGCUGGCAGGGAAUCACAGGAUGGACUCCAAAACAGAGACAGCACAGUUGAUGAAGUGGGACACAACGACAACCUGAUAAACGGCGGCAGUGAUGUGACAAACCCACCCACGAGGCAGGUGAGUGUCUCGGAGGCACAGAACAUCACCUCAAACCUUGCUGCUCAAACCCAGGCCAUGAUUUCCUCCUCCGUCGGCUCCGAUUCAAGUCAUGCUUCUGGGAAAUCUGCGUCGUCUAGUCUUGGGGUGGCCAGGACAAAUGAAAGCCAAAGGUCCUCUUGCUCGGCUACUCCUGACGUGUCCCCCUGCGAAGAGGACAGUGGCAUAGGGCUGGAGCGUGUGACGAGUGAGGUUGAAAGAACAGAUUGUAUCAGUGACGGCGGUCUGUCUGUGGAUGAGGAGAGGAGGGAGGAGCUUCUUCCCCUUGACAAGACUGAAGUGAGACGUGCGGAAAAGGAGGAACAUGCGAUAAGUGACGUGCGUUAUGGCAGUGACUCGAGUGUAAUCAAGUCCGGUAAGCUAGAGUCCAUCAUGGAGCAGAGUAUUGAGGAUUUAGGGCCAAGCUUAGAGGCUGAAAGUAAGUUCAGUAAAAUGUCAACAGACAGUGGGACAGAGUGUCCGGAGGGUGAAACUAUAGGCGAACAGGAACCAAGGAUGAUUAAUAAUGACUUAGGCACGAGUGAGACGGACGAACAAAGUGAAACUCACCACCAGAAACAGAAUGGGGAGGAAACAGACAAAACCCAAGAUUCCACACCUAACACUGAUGGAGAAGAAAGCAAGAGUAAAGACAGCUCAGAAACGGUUACCUGUCCACCCAAACACAAAGGCAAGAGCACACCGGAGGAGGUGGACUGGAUAGCGGAGGUGCGGCCCAGCAUGAAGAAGCUGCGCCAGGCGAUGGACGGGCUCAUGCGCACGGCCCGGCUGGUGCACAGUGUCUUCAGGCUGCAGCAGACUCCCGAGGCAGCCCAGCAGGCACACAACAUCAAGUACCGGAGGGACAUCUGCUUCUCCCAGGCCCUGACCUCCCUGGUAACGGGCCUGAUGACGAGGCUGUGGUGCAGGAAGGCCGACCCGCUCUUUGUCACGGUCCUGGCACACCUUGGCCCUCUGGCAGAGUUUGAGUGCCUCGUCUCCUGUCAUGGGAAUGACGAGGGCAUGCUGAGUGACAUGGUGGUGGCUGUGGAGGACCUGGGCACAGUGGAGUUUGUCAUGGUGUCUGCCACGGGCCCCCAAGGUGGAGGGCGGACACGCAGCGAGGGCGCCACACCCCCACAGGUCUCCUACGAGUUGCCGAUGCCUCACGUCUCAGGAAACAGGUGUGGGCUGAGGGUGGUGCUGCCCGUACCAGAACACGUGUACAGCCUCCUGCCCACCACCAACACCCAGCAGCCCAACGACCCGCCCAGCUUCUGCAUCACUCCUGUCCUCUUCAACAUUGGCAUCAACGAAGAGGCAACACUGGCAGAGAAGCUUGGCACGGAUGGCCCCCAGACACGCAACAACCAGGACAGCUACGAGCGCCUCUCCCAGUACUACCACCGGUUUAAAAAGCUUCCUCUGCCCCAGGAGAGCAGCAGAAGGGUUCCCUCCAUGGGCAGUGAAGUUCCUCUGGUGGACCUGAUCGACAAGCUGGGCCAGGAAGUGAUGUCGUCGAGGAGCAAGAACCCGGCAGUGCUGUACCUGGCCGCCCAGUGCUGUCGCGCCAUGGCAGGUCUUCGCUUCACCUCCUGCAAGAGUGGCAAGGACCGGACGGGCAUGAGCGCCACACUGGAGCAGGCGAACAUCUUGGCAGCAGAGUAUGACUUGGCGGAGACUGAAUUCCAGCGUGCACUGAACUGUAUGAGGAGCGAGGGCACGAGGCUGGAGAACUGCCACAAGAGUACUGGGUCAAGGCGGUAUGCUUUCUCUGCCAUCAACCUCACCUUGUUCCCCAAGCAGUACCGGCCUCCGUCAGGGACCUACGGAUCCAACCUCACAUAGAGAGUGGAAGUCACAGCUAUUUUUGUAUUCCAGUAGGUUGUGUGGUUGCACUUCCUAGUCAGCAUGUCACGGGUGACUGUGUGUGUGUGACUCCAGUGUGUCUAGCUCAGUGUAUGUAUGUGUUGAUCAGAUGAAGAGUGACUGAUUUUCUUUUAAAAUAUAAAUCUAAUGAAAGUUUAACUUUCGUAAGAAAAUUUUAGAUAUUAUUAUUAUUCUUAAACCAGACUUCGGCUGGAUUUUUGUAAUAUGUAUUUGAUUUUGAAUUUUAAAAAUUCAUGUAUUUCAUGCAUUCCACGCAGGGAAGGUAUUUGUUGAAGUAGGGUGAGGGAGGCUUCAGAGAUCUUAAGAGAUGAGUUGACUUAGUGCAUUGCACACACCAGACAGACUGCAGGCCAGAUCUGGACUAUGGCAAACCUUAUACAAAUCCUAACCUUUCCAUUUUCUGCAUGUCGACUCUUUUUAAAAAGGAAAAAUAGUAAAUAAAGGUGAAGCCUUGUUUAUAGUAUUUCUGUAACUGGUAGCAUUCUGUAGAAUUGUUAAACAAAACUUUCUUUUAAUAAGAAACCAAAAAAAUCUAUGUGAUUUAACAAUGACUGCAUUCUUAUUAAGUUUUGGAUAGACUUUCUGAUGUGAAAAUUUAAAUGACUCAUUGUCUUUGUGGUGUGUUGUGUGCGUGUCUUGUGUUAGAGUAGUGAGUCACUUCACCGGAGCAACACACGGCUGUCUCUAGAACGGGGCUCCUCUUGUGAGUUUCAGAGUUAUUUAUGUGUAAAAAUUUCCAGAUUUUUAAACAUACUAUCAUUGAAAUUAUGACAUCCUUGUAGUUCUUGUACUAUAUGAAAGUGCUUUCAGAAGUGUGUAGGAAUGCACUAUAAAUUAUUGACAAUGUAAAUAUUGUAUAUAUAUUAUAUAUUUAUACUUGUAUAGAGAAAAACUCUGUUGACCUCUCCGAUGGUGGCACAGUGUAGAUGAGCAUUCAGUGAGUCAGCUGCAACGCUUCACAGAUUUGAUUGUCAUAUCAACUCUUUUUCCUUCUUUAUGGAAAACUUUUGUCUUGUGCCAAGUGUUUUGGGCCUUUUCGGUGCAUACUUGUAACACUCACACUUCACCGCCUCAACAAGUGUUGGGUGGCAGCACACUCAGGCAGCCUCAGGCGCGGGGAAGCGUCUCGUGUCCUGAGUGUGCCGCGUGCACUCGCCGUGUGUCGUGUGUUUGGCUUGACUUGUAGCAAAUGAUGUGCCGUCAUUUGAGAUAUUGUACAUCUAUUUAGUAACAAUUGAUGUCAUAUUGACUUCACUAGAGGUUUUGUACAGAGUGAGAAAAUUUUACCAUCUGUUAGUGUAGAUUAUGUACAUUGUAAAAGUUUUACAUUUUUAGAGUCGAUGAUCAUGUUGAAUGUGUACUCUUACCUACGGUGUGUUGUGUCAAAUGUCGAGGCGAAGCUAUUAACACUGUUGCCAAUACUAACACUCAAUGCAAGGGCUUGUGAUUUUCACGGCCCACUUGUUGUUGUAGAUUUACACCACGUAUAGAACUAAACAAUCCAAACCAACUCUAAAACCAUUUAUAUUCUUGAAGUGGCAAGCUGAAGGAAUUUUUCUUCAGCUGUAAUGCUUUCAGUUCUCUUA